CUGCUGCUGCCAUGACGACAUCUCCGCCUUUACAAACAAUUGAUUUCCUUUCCUUUCCUGUUUAGGAGACCUGAGUGCGAUUCUUUCUCGGUGAAUAGAGAUUUCCUAACGCAUCGGUUAAUCUGACGUUAUUUCUCGUUGUCCCUGCAAUUUCUCAGGUAGAGCGAGCGAUUCACGCGGAGCUUCAAGCCCUAAUUUUUCGCUCUUAUCCCUGGAUUUUCUCUCCGAAAAAUCUCAGUCAGAAGGAAUUAGUUUUGUCAGUUCCUCAAUCCUAAUAACUUCUCAGAAAAGGAUAAGAAUCUAUGGAGAUUGACAAUCAUGGUGAAAGUAAUGGAAACACAGGUGGAGUAAAGAAAAACCAGUUUCAUCUUUAUCCAGUUGCUGCGGGGGAUUCAGGUGAAGGCUUGCCAUAUGCUCCUGUAGACUGGCCAUUCCCUGGUGAUACGUGGAGUUGGAAGGUUGGGCAGAGAAUUGCAAAUCAUGGUCACUUCUUGGACAGAUACUUGUAUCCUCCUCUCCGUUUUCAGAAGGCCAAGAGGGCCUCUUUUAGUUUUAAGAGUAAGCUCUCAGUUGAACAGUAUGUCCGUGCGACAUUUCCUGGUGCUGACGUUGAGGCAUUUUUUUCCUCAUUCAGUUGGAAGGUUCCCGCAAAAAAGUUUUCUGGAACAGAAGAGGAGCUUACCAUUGUCGAGAUGCCUUCCGAGGAGGAGAUAGUGGAAGAUUUGGGGUCUGAUUCACCAAUUGGAUCUUUAGCUUGUAAGGCUGGUAACAAGAAAUGCAGAAGUUUAGUAGAAGCAAGCAAUUUCCCUUCAGAAGCCAUGGCUUGCGAUGUUUGCUGCAGUGAACCUGGUUUCUGUCGAGAUUGUUGUUGUAUUCUUUGCUGCAAGACUACUAAUUCGGCCUAUGGAGGCUUCAGCUUCAUUAGGUGCGAAGCAAUAAUAAGCAAUGGCAUCAUUUGUGGGCAUAUGGCCCACAUAGAAUGUGCUCUUCGUUCAUACAUGGCUGGGACAGUUGGAGGUAGCAUUGGACUUGAUGCCCAGUAUUACUGCCGGCGCUGUGAUAAGAGGACAGAAUUGGUUUCGCAUGUUACAAAACUUUUUCGGAGCUGUGAAUCUAUUGAUUCUCGUGAUGCUGUUGAGAAGAUUCUAAGUGUUGGUGCUUGUGUCUUGCGUGGCUCACAGAAAACAAGUGCGAAGGGCUUGCUGCGUCGUAUUGAAUUUGCUAUGUCAAAGCUUAAGAGUGUUACUCAACUCGGUGAUAUAUGGAAAACAGAAGACGUUUCAGCGGUUACUGCAGGAGGGCUGUCCAAUCAUGGAAAUGAUGUAUCGGAUGUAAAAAACUACCAUGAAACUCCGGGGUCUGGAACUGGCUCACCUCAAAUUUUAUCUGGAAACUUCAACCUUGAGAUUGAUUCCCUGAAACUCGAGGAAGAGAUUGAUCAGGUCCUUCGGGCUCUGAGGAAGGCACAACAGACUGAAUAUAAAAUUGCGGAGGAAAGGCUGUUGGGUCAAAAGAACUGUCUUUUAAAUCUGUAUCAACAACUCGACGAGGAGAGGUCCGAACUGUCAAUGGCUACAUCAUCAGAUGACCAAGAUGCCUUGCUGGAAGCUGUCCUAAAGAGGGUGGAUCAGAUAAAAAGGGAGAUUGUGAAACUGAGGGACAUGGAAGUAGUAGCCAAGGGAUUUGGCAAGACUUCCAAAGACAUUUUAGACCAGCAUUUUGGAUUUGAAACUGAAUAAUUACUUCAUGUGUUUACUGGCUCUGUGCAUCGGCUCUAGUUUGUCAAAGUUUGUUGUAGAGUUACAUUCUUAUUCCUUGAGUUGAGAUAUAUCAUACUGAGAGUUCCCUUGGUGGUCCAAGAUUGCCAUUUAUAGAAAAUAUCUAUGCCAGAA